AUGGAUUCCAUAGCUUUUCCCAAAACAUUUGUGUCUCUUCCCAACCUUGAAGACAAAAUCCGCAUGCUUAAAGAUUGGCCCAAGCAUAGUGCUUCAGGUGAAGACCCAUCGAUCCAAUUGGAACUUAAAGCUGGGCAUAUCCUUUCAUUCUCAGAAAACAUAAAGGUGUUAGAACUAACACGUGAUGCAAUGCUAAAACCCAAAUCAAAAUCUGUACGGUCCACCAAAAUCUUGCACUCAACUCCAAAAUCACAAGUGGCCUCCAAAGCUGUUGCUUCCGUUCCCUAUGCCAAGAAGUCUUUGCCUCCAGUAUUUGGGAAUACUUCAAAUUCAGAACACAUAGAGCAGAGCAAGAGAAAAACAAAACAAACAAAUCCAGCAGGAAGCAAAGAUCAAUCAGUCAAACCAACAGCUGACUCAGUCAGUGAUUUGGGUGUAAGUGCUCUAGUAUCAUCUGAAAGCGAAGAAUCAAACUCUGGUAAUGAAGAAGGCGAUUGGUUGGCUCCAUCUCCUCCUUCUCGUCCGCCCAACAAAGUCCCACGGAGUGAUUUAGAAAUUUUUAAAUUUGUUUUUAUAAUCACUGACAUGAUUACAGAUUUGUCUUUGUUACAGGUUCACUGUAUUGGCAGUGCCUCGAAAAGUAAUGGUGCCGUUCAUCGUAAUGGACUUAUUCUGACUCCUCCAGGAUCUCGUUGUAACACGCCCUCAUCUUUUCGAACUCCAAGUAGUGAGGUUUUGAAUGACGAAGCAUCUUCUCUGAAUGAUAUCAAUUGCCAAUAUGACGAAAACAGUCAGGCUCAGAUCAUUGAACAGUCAAAUUCCCUUCAAGACCUUGAAGAAGAAAAUUCUUUUUCAAAGAACAUCUGA